UAUGAUAACAUGCUGCAGCAAGUGUAGUUGGGAGUAUCUUUACCUUCAUGUAGUUUGAGAACUUUGAAACUUUAAGAAUGGCAAUGUAGUUGAUAUGAGGCUGUCAUAAGUAAACAAAAACAAUAUUACGAAUAUGUUACGUACUGCAUUAACUGGUAUUCGGCGCCUUGCUGAGUGCAGUACAGUCGUUCAUGGAUCUUAUAUCGCUACAGUUAUUGCUAGGAGACCACUUACGGUACCAGUACAAUGCUCAGGCAGUUUGGUUAAGUCAUGUGAGAACGCCUUCAGCCCUGCUGUUUCGCGGUUGGCUAUUUGCGCAAGACAGGGCACCUUUCUUCAACAGCCGCUGACAAGGACAGUAACGAAGUUUUCCCUUAAAAAGGGAAAAAGGAAAUCUGUUAAAGCAGUUUUGAAGCGUUUCUUCAGAUUGCAUUGGGGCAUCUGGAUCCGAACAAAAGCUGGACGACAUAAGCGAAUGUGGACAAAAUCAUCAAACAGGCGACGGCGACUUAGGCAACAUGUCUUCUGUAAUGCCACGCAGAGCACCCUGUUAGAUAAGAUGGUAACAAAAUACUGGAAGCGGCCUAAGUACUAUGUUGAUGAUCCUUAUGCACCGUACCACACAAGGGAAGAAUUUUUGUACACAAGAAGAAAGCCUAAAGUGUAUUAAAUUAUCUCUAAUGAUUAGUCUAAAUAAAAUAUGUAUUUUGAAGACAAAA